AUCAGCAAACCAAAAUUUCAUUUUUUAAUCCACCUCCCAGCUUACAUCCGUCGGUUUGGCCCCGCAAUUGUAUUUUCGACAGAAAGAUAUGAGUCAUUUAACCAUGUUUUUCGUUUGUCGUGCAUAUACAGCAACCGUCAGGCACCGAGCCGUGACAGCUGCAGAACCUUCGCUCACCAAGACAUCAUCAAACAUGUUGCCACCGGUGGAUAUUGGUACAACCCUAAGGUAGCAAAAUGGGUU